AAAUCCUUACGUAAAGCAUUCUAAAAUGAAAAAGUGUGAACAUAUAGGAUCAAACUGUGUUAUAUCAACGGACAACUCUGAUAUCAAUAACAGUAGUGUUGUGAUCUUCACACAUUCGUCACUACCAGGUUCUCCUCCUCUGAAGAAUAAAUUCCAGAUAUGGAUGUUUAAUACUCUGGAAAACAAAGCUUUUACACAUCGGCCAAAUACCGCUUGGAAAAAUCAAUUUGAAUGGAUCAUGUCUUACCGAAGAGAUGCCGACGUUCAACGACCGUAUGGUAAAAUCAUAAGACUGGACAAAAGUUUGGGAAAAAAUUAUUCUGAGAAUUUUCGACAAAAGACGAAAUUCGGUGUCUGGAUGUCGGGUCACUGCCCUGUUCCAUCUCGUCGUAAAGAAUACAUUGAACAGUUGCAGAAGUACAUGCCAAUUGACACGUUUGGUUCAUGUGGGAAGAAAAAGUGUGGGAUUCGAACCAAUUUGAAGAAUGAUUGUUUAACGAAUCUUGCUAGGGAAUAUAAAUUUUAUUUUUCCUUCGAGAAUAAUAUCUGUAAGGAUUACUCUACAGAAAAGGUGUUCAACUUGUAUAACAAUGAUUUCAACCUUAGCAUCAUACCGGUUGUAAAUGGUCCUCCCCAGGCAAGUGAAUAUUUACCUACGGGAACGUUUUUAAGCACGUUAAAUUAUACUUCUCCAGAGGUGUUGGCAAAAAAGCUUAAAGAAAUUGGAUCAAGUGAAAUAUUAUAUACUAAAUACCUGAAAGAAAAAGAUAAAUACAAUUCAUUAGAUGAACCUGAGAUUUUUCGAGAAGCGAUAUGUAAUGUUUGUCAGAAACUAGAUAAUAUGGAAGGGGACAAAAUUUUGCCAAAAGCGGAUGUGAUGGACAUGUUUAAAAAUUCUCUGUAAAUACCAAA